UGAUGAACAGUUUCAUCCGCUAGUCACGCGAUAGGAGAGUUUUUUCUUGGUAUCAGCGGUGUAACUCAUACUAAAUGAUUUUGUUAUUAAUUUCUUGAUGUUGUCAAUUAAAUUUAGAAAUUUUACGCAUUUUCAUUAUUUUCUUUCUAAUACGUAUAACUAUAUUGGAACUAUUUCUUGUCGAUUUCUUUAGACUUUAUCCGCCAUAUUGGAUAGUAGUAAUUGGUAAGAGGGCGAACCGGGGAUUCGUGUGUCGGAAGUGAUUAACCGACGUUAAUUUUUAAAUAACAGAAGGAGUUGAAGUUAUUAAAAUGACACAACUUUUACCAAUACGAUUUCAAGAGCAUGUACAGCUCACCAGUAUUGGAAUCAAUGCUGCCAACAUUGGCUUCAACACACUUACCAUGGAGUCUGAUAAGUACAUAUGUGUGCGUGAGAAGGUGGGUGACUCGGCUCAGGUGGUUAUUAUUGACAUUAAUAAUCCAACAAAUCCCAUCCGGAGACCUAUUUCAGCUGAUUCUGCUAUCAUGAACCCUGCUUCUAAAGUUAUUGCACUAAAAGCCAUGAGGACACUUCAGAUUUUUAACAUUGAAAUGAAAAGUAAAAUGAAAGCCCACACCAUGAGUGAUGAUGUUGUGUUUUGGAAAUGGAUUAGUUUAAAUACUGUAGCUUUGGUAACAGAGACAGCUGUCUUUCACUGGAGCAUGGAAGGUGAUUCUCAGCCAGUAAAAAUGUUUGAGAGACAUUCCAGUUUAAAUGGUUGUCAGAUAAUCAAUUAUCGAACAGACCAUAAACAGCAGUGGCUGCUACUUAUAGGAAUAUCAGCUCAGCAAAAUCGUGUAGUAGGAGCAAUGCAGUUGUACUCUGUUGAAAGAAAAGUAAGCCAGCCAAUUGAAGGUCAUGCUGCAGCUUUCUCCCAAUUCAAACUAGAAGGAAAUCCUGAACAGUCAAAUCUUUUCUCAUUUGCUGUCAGAUCAACUCAGGGAGGAAAGCUCCACAUAAUCGAGGUUGGUCAACCCCCUGCAGGAAAUCAGCCAUAUCCAAAGAAAGCUGUUGAUGUUUUUUUCCCUCCAGAAGCCCAGAAUGAUUUUCCUGUAGCUAUGCAAGUCAGUCCCAAACAUGGUGUGAUCUAUCUCAUCACUAAGUUUGGUUACAUUCAUCUCUAUGAUAUUGAAAGUGGUAUUUGCAUCUACAUGAACCGAAUCACUGCAGACACUAUAUUUGUGACAGCCCCUCAUGAACCAUCAUCUGGUAUUAUUGGUGUUAAUAGAAAAGGGCAGGUCUUGUCUGUGAGUGUGGAAGAAGAAAGCAUUAUUCCGUACAUUACUAAUGUCUUGCAAAACUCAGACCUUGCUUUAUGCAUGGCUGUUAGGAACAACCUUGCUGGAGCUGAAGAUUUAUUUGUUAGAAAAUUCAACACACUGUUUGGAAAUGGACAGUAUUCCGAAGCUGCAAAGAUUGCUGCUAAUGCUCCAAAGGGCAUUCUGCGUACACCUCAAACAAUUCAACGUUUCCAGCAAGUUCCUACCCAGCCAGGUCAGACAUCUCCCCUCCUUCAGUAUUUUGGAAUCCUGCUUGACCAAGGUCAGCUUAAUAAAUUUGAAUCCUUGGAGUUGUGUCGUCCUGUUUUACAACAAGGAAGAAAGCAGCUUCUAGAGAAGUGGCUAAAAGAUGACAAGCUGGAAUGUAGUGAAGAACUGGGAGACUUAGUAAAACAAGUUGAUCCAACACUUGCUCUCUCAGUGUACUUAAGAGCAAAUGUCCCAAACAAGGUCAUACAGUGCUUUGCAGAAACUGGUCAGUUCCAAAAGAUAGUCCUCUAUGCCAAGAAAGUUGGUUACACUCCAGAUUACAUCUUUCUCCUGAGGCAGGUCAUGCGAGUUAAUCCUGAUCAAGGUACUUCAUUUGCACAAAUGUUAGUACAGGAUGAUGAACCAUUGGCCGACAUCAACCAGAUUGUGGAUGUAUUCAUGGAGUCCAACUUGGUACAGAAAUGUACUUCCUUCUUAUUAGAUGCUUUGAAGAACAACAGACCCUCCGAAGGCCCACUUCAAACAAGGCUAUUAGAGAUGAACUUGAUGACUGCUCCACAGGUUGCUGAUGCUAUUCUUGGGAAUCAGAUGUUUACACAUUAUGAUCGUGCCCACAUUGCUCAGUUAUGUGAGAAGGCUGGACUCUUACAGAGGGCACUGGAACACUACACUGAUCUGUAUGACAUCAAAAGAGCCAUAGUUCACACACAUCUGUUAAAUGCUGAGUGGCUGGUGAAUUACUUUGGUUCUUUAUCUGUGGAAGAUUCAAUUGAAUGUCUGAAAGCCAUGCUCAGUCAGAACAUCCGACAGAACUUGCAACUUUCUGUUCAAGUAGCAACCAAGUACAAUGAGCAACUGACCACUUCUGUCCUCAUUGAUCUCUUUGAAUCUUUCAAGAGCUAUGAAGGCUUAUUCUACUUUCUUGGAUCUAUUGUAAACUUCAGUCAAGAUCCUGAAGUGCACUUCAAGUACAUCCAGGCUGCUUGUAAGACUGGACAGAUCAAAGAAGUGGAAAGAAUUUGUAGGGAAAGUAAUUGCUACAAUCCUGAGCGAGUAAAGAACUUUCUCAAAGAAGCCAAACUGACAGACCAACUGCCAUUGAUCAUUGUUUGUGAUCGCUUUGACUUUGUUCAUGACCUGGUGUUGCAUCUGUAUCGCAACAACCUCCAGAAGUACAUUGAGAUAUACGUUGUAAAGGUCAAUCCUUCUCGACUCCCUGUAGUGAUUGGUGGACUUUUAGAUGUGGAUUGCUCAGAAGAUAUCAUAAAGUCACUCAUCAUGAAUGUCAAAGGCCAGUUUUCCACUGAUGAAUUGGUGGAAGAAGUUGAGAAACGGAACCGUCUCAAGCUGCUGUUAUCAUGGUUAGAAAUGAGAGUACAUGAAGGAAUUAUUGAACCUGCGACUCACAAUGCCUUGGCUAAAAUAUACAUUGACUCAAACAACAAUCCUGAAAGAUUUCUCAAAGAAAACCAGUUCUAUGACAGCAGGGUAGUUGGAAAAUACUGUGAAAAACGUGAUCCUCAUCUAGCCUGCAUUGCAUAUGAACGUGGAGAGUGUGAUCAAGAGCUGAUAAAAGUGUGUAAUGAGAAUUCCUUAUUCAAGAGUGAAUCUCGUUACCUAGUACACCGGAAAGAUCAGGAGCUGUGGGCUGAAGUCCUGAUUGAGAGCAACCCCUAUCGACGUCAACUUAUAGACCAAGUAGUACAGACAGCCUUAUCAGAGACCCAGGACCCUGAGGAAAUAUCUGUGACUGUAAAAGCCUUCAUGAGUGCAGACUUGCCAAAUGAACUAAUUGAGCUUUUGGAAAAGAUUGUUCUGGAAAACUCAGCAUUCAGUGAUCACAGAAAUCUACAGAACCUCCUGAUCCUCACAGCAAUUAAAGCUGAUCGAAGUCGUGUUAUGGAAUAUAUUAAUCGUCUUGACAAUUACGAUGCACCUGAUAUAGCAAACAUUGCCAUCGGAAGCGAACUAUAUGAAGAAGCAUUUGCCAUUUUCAGAAAGUUUGAUGUGAACACUUCUGCUGUCCAGGUUCUUAUUGAGCACAUCCAAAACCUUGACAGAGCUUAUGAAUUUGCUGAGAGGUGCAACGAGCCAGCAGUGUGGAGUCAGCUAGCGAAGGCCCAAUUAGACCAGGGACUUGUGAAGGAAGCUAUUGACUCUUUCAUCAAAGCAGGAGAUCCAUCAUCCUACAUGGAUGUUGUUCAGACAGCCCACAAAACAGAGAAUUGGGAGGAUUUGGUCCGGUUCCUUCAAAUGGCUAGAAAAAUAGCCCGGGAAUCAGAUGUGGAAUCUGAAUUAAUCUAUGCCUAUGCCAAGACAAACCGACUCUCGGACUUGGAAGAAUUUAUUUCCAGUCCAAACCAUGCUGAUAUUCAAAAAAUUGGAGACCGGUGCUUUGAUGAUGGCCUGUAUGAAUCUGCCAAACUUUUGUAUAACAAUGUGUCCAACUUUGCAAGGCUGGCCAUUACUCUUGUUCAUUUGAAGGAGUUUCAGGGAGCUGUAGACAGUGCUCGGAAGGCUAACUCCACGCGUACUUGGAAAGAGGUGUGUUUCGCAUGUGUGGAUAGUGAAGAAUUCCGCCUUGCCCAGAUGUGUGGGCUUCACAUAGUGGUACAUGCUGAUGAGCUAGAAGACCUCAUCAACUACUAUCAAGAUAGAGGCUACUUUGAAGAACUGAUUAGUCUCCUAGAAGCAGCUUUAGGUCUAGAAAGAGCCCACAUGGGAAUGUUUACAGAAUUAGCUAUUCUGUACUCAAAGUACAAACCUUCCAAGAUGAAAGAACACUUAGAACUUUUCUGGUCUCGAGUCAACAUUCCAAAGGUGCUGCGGGCAGCAGAACAAGCUCACUUAUGGGCUGAAUUGGUGUUCCUAUAUGACAAGUAUGAAGAGUUUGACAAUGCAGUUGUUACUAUGAUAAACCAUCCAAGUGAAGCAUGGCGGGAAGGGCACUUUAAAGAAAUGAUAGCCAAAGUAGCAAACAUUGAGCUCUACUACAAAGCCAUUCAGUUUUAUCUAGAUUACAAACCAAUGUUACUAAAUGAUUUGUUGCUUGUCCUGUCAGCACGAAUGGACCAUACACGAGCUGUGAACCUUUUUACCAGGGUAAAUCACCUACCAUUGGUAAAGCCAUACUUGCGUUCAGUUCAGAAUCUAAACAACAAGGCUAUUAAUGAAGCUCUCAAUGGUCUCCUCAUUGAUGAAGAAGAUUUCCAGGGUCUUAGAACAUCCAUUGAUGCUUUCGAUAACUUUGACAAUAUAGCUCUUGCUCAAUGCUUAGAAAAGCAUGAACUCAUUGAAUUCCGACGAAUCGCUGCAUACUUGUACAAAGGAAAUAAUCGCUGGAAACAGUCAGUGGAACUUUGUAAGAAGGAUAGGCUAUUUAAGGAUGCAAUGGAAUAUGCUUCUGAGUCUAAGAUGGCUGAUAUAGCUGAAGAACUGCUGGCCUGGUUCCUUGAGGAGAAGAAUUAUGAAUGUUUUGGUGCAUGCCUAUUCUAUUGCUACUAUCUUCUCCAUCCUGAUGUCAUUCUGGAACUCUCCUGGCGUCAUGGAAUCAUGGACUUUGCCAUGCCCUACUUAAUCCAAGUCCUCAAAGAGUACAUCACAAAGGUGGACAAGUUAGAUGAACAUGAAAAUGAAAGAUUGGAAGAAUCAGCCCAGAAUGAUCAAAAACCAAUAGUUUAUGCUCCUGAACCCCAACUGAUGUUAACUGCGGGCCCAAUGAUGAUGGGACCAGGGUAUCAGCCUUUUAACCAACCUGUGCCAGGCUAUCAAAGCUAUGGGAUGUAGUCUAAUGUGACCCAUUCCUCUCAGCUUCAGAAAAACAUUACCCGUGGGCGAGAGCUAAAGCUCAGUCCAUAUUGCUUCAGUUAAUAGUUUGUCUAGGCUUCUCCUCAUUGAAGUGUCAGAGCUAUUGGCUGUAGGUGUUACUUGUGCCACAAGUUUAUUCCUGCACAGAUAAAACUAUUUAGUGAUUUUUGAUUCAGUCAUCAUGGAAUAUUGGAGUAUUUUGUAUGUGACAGCAGGGGACACUGUUCACUGAAGCAAGGAGCAAGACUGAAGAGUGGAGGAGACUGUUUUGUUUUUAUAAGCAGUAUAGUGGGUGUACAGAUCUAAAGAUAGUUUUUUGUUGAUACAAAGAUAACACGUUUAUGUAACUUUCAGAGUUUGUCAAGUGUAAAUCUUGAGGACUUGACCAUUUUGUGGUGUCCAGAAAAUUGUUCUUGAUUGAAUAUAUGUUGCACUGUGAAAGAAAUUGCUUAUCCUGAAUUAUAUUAUUGUGAAAGAUGUGUAUAACCAAUUGUUCCAAUCUUCCUUUUUUGCUGUUGUAAUCCUAAAUUCAGUUAAUAAUAAGUGUAUGUUUUAAGGGCUUUUCUUGGUCUACAAAUAUUAAAGAUUUUAAAAUUUGUUCUUAAAAAAUGAUUUUCAACUAUGAUUUUGUUAGAAAUACAUAACUGGGUAGAAUGGGGUGGAAAGGAAUUCCAUGGUGUAGUUUCAUUUAAAACUAUUGGAUUUAUUUUUGAAUGUACCUUAAUCAGUAGACUAAGAAUUAGUCAUUUGUUGAUUAAUCAAAGAUAUAAAGAAUGGUCAAAAUAUCUAGAUUAUUGAAUUUAUCUGAUGUUUUGUCAUAGAAAAAAUAAUAAUCAGGAUUUGGAUAGGAAUAUGUGUCUGUAAAAAAAAAAAAUGAGAGAGAGAGAAAAUUUAAGAGAGAGCUUUUCUUCUGAUGUUACACUAACAAACUAUAAUUCAUUCUUUCCAAUCACCAUCAUUAACUAUAUAUUUCCUUGUCCGUGAACUGUAUUUUCCAACCUAGGUUUAGUUUGAAAGCCAAAUUGUCUAAUCAACCCUAAUGAUUGUUGGACCUAUGCUAUUGCAGUUUUCCUGUUAUGUAUCUCACUAGUAUGAGACCAUAAAAUUAAUAAAAAUGUAUGAAGCUAAA